AUGACCAAGAUGCAUUGUGGAACUGAAGGCACUAACUUGAAACGCGCUCCUCUCGGCACGCGGGAGCGCUACCUAUCGGCUCUCACCAGCGGCCAGAGGGCCCCCGGGGGCUCCUCCGAGAAGGGCCGUCGGAAACACGGCGGGGAGGGAGGGGGGCUCGGGGCCGGGGGGCAAACCCGCCUCCGGAACUCCAGGCCCCGGCCCGCCCGUCCGCGCUCUAAUCGGGCUCCGCCGAGCGCGGCGGCCCGAGCGCGGUCUUAUCGCGGCCCCGCAGCGCUCCGGGAGGGGCCCAACACCGGGCGCCUCCCCGCGAGCGAGCGGACCCCGAAGUUCCCUCCCGGAGAGCCUCCGCCGCCCCGGAAGGUGACUUUACCAGAGCGCCCGGCUCGAGGCCCGGCCCGCCAGAGCCCCGCGGUCACCGGCCGAGGCCGCCGGGGAGCUCGCGCCGCGUCACCGCGCCGGAGCGGCCGGGCGGAGGCCGCGCCGGGCCGCCUCGUCCCGCCCGCUCGGCCCCCGCUCACGCACGCACGGCGCCGGCGGGAGGCGCGGGCCCGACCUCACACGGCGCCCAGAAUCCGCCCGGCCUCCACCCGAGCCCGCCCGGCCCCUCCCCGCCCGCCGCGCCGUUACCCGCGGGCGCCGCGCGCACCGCACCUCGCGCCUCCUGCGGCAGUGGCGGCCGUGCCUCAGUUCGCUCCGGAGCUGCGCCGCCGUGGCUGCCAACAAAGCCGCCUUCUAUUGGCCGCGCCCUCUGGCUCCUCCCUCCGCGAGCAAGGCGGGCUCCGAUUGGAGGGUUGUGGCGCAAGUGGAUUGCGCCGGGGCGGGGCGGAAGGCGUCCAAUCGGAAGCCGCCAGGGCGGGGCGCGCCGGCGAGUCGUAUGCAAAUGAGACGCGUCACGUGCACGGCCGCUUUAAAAGGGUAGCGCGGGGCCGCACGUGGGUGGCGCGGUUCUCCCUCCGCGGCCGCGACCCUCCCGGUGCGUCCGACGGGCCGCGCUUCCAGCCAUCCGUGGUGCCGGUGAGCCGGGGCCCCUCGGCCCUAGGCCCCGGUGUCCGGGGCCGGGGGCGUGGCGGGUCCGCCCGGCCGGGAAGCAGCGGAGGCUUGGCCUCCCGCGGGGAUGGGUGGAGAGGCCCCAGUUAA